CCUGAAGGACGGUCUUGGAAUUGGGAGCAAACUCAUCAAUCAUUUUUCUUCACCCAUCCUUUACUUCACCUAGGACUCAACUUCUUCCUUGCUCUGUCGAGUCUUGUGCACCAGCAACAAUCAUGAAAGUUAAUCUUUUCCUCGUUCUUUCUCACCUCUCCGCAGUCUUGGCCGGAGGGUACCAGGGAUGCCUUGAGCGCGUGCUACUGUUCAAUGCCUACGAGAUCGAUGGGCUCAACGAUGAGAAGGACCAGACGAUCGGCUUCAAGUGCGCCAAAGCGGACACGAAGACCAAAUCAUGCACCCAGUGGAAUGCUUGCAAGCCAAAGAAGAACUCGGGUCGCACCCGGUGCAACUUUGACGACCUCAUGGUGUUCCUGGGCAAGACCCCUACUCCAAACGGUUGGUCCGUCAACGGUUCCGAUGGGAAGUUGGACCCCGAGGGGACGGCCAAGCAAUGUUACAAGCUCUUCGCCAACGGCCCAGGGAAGAACCCCAAGGUGCCCAACUUCCCGCCUUACGUAGCCGUAAAGGACGCGUGGGAGUUCAACGACUACAUCAAGCGUGUCGGCGACACAGUUAACAAUGCGUACAAGAACAAAGGGAACAGUGGCAACCGGGGUUUCUGGGAUAGCUUCGACGCGACUUUAGACAAGGUCAGCGAGGCGCGGGCUGGAGAUCACGGCCCUCAUCUCGUUCAGGAAGCUAAGGCCCAGCUAGGUGGCAAAAUGGACAUACAAAUACAGAAACUAGGAUCUGGGAACAAUCCUGCUACUGGCGAAGUGUGGGAAACCGUGGAUUGGAAAGAGACGGCUAAACAAGCUAAGGAUAAGGGCGUGCCUGAUGUCGACAAGGAGAUUCAGGGGUUUCUCAAGAACUUCUACGGCGGGAGCAACAAGCAGGCAAAGGAUCACCGCGUAGUGAUACAGUCAUACAAGCGGGUGACGGACAGAAGUCGGAGUUGUCGUUAAGAUGGACAAUUUAGAAGUGGUUAUUAUGUGUCGGAAAGUAGGAAAGUUGGAGGAGGCAGAGCAUGAGAAAGGAGAAUAGGAUAGAUAGCGCGGUUGUGGUAUAC